UACUUUGAGAAGCAGGAAGUGUCUAACAUGUAGCUCAGUGUUUCAAGGCAGACAUUCACUGCCUUUUGUUUGGAGGAUACAAAGAACAAGGUCCUGUCGGAAUGAGACAUGUCAGAACACGUUGAAGUUUGACCUGUGCGGACCAGUCAUCUGCAACUGAAGAAUUUCAGCAUGGAGGGAACUUCCAAAAGUGAUGCUGCUGCUCAGCCAUCUGUUGCAGCUCAGGUUCCUUUCCUUCACCUGUGUACCACUUUAGAGAAAAUCCAAAAGGCUAAAUUCCGUCCAGAUAAAUCCAAGAUCCUUGGGGAUUUCAUUGAGUCAUGGAGGAAGUUUCAUUCUGCUCUCCACAAAGACAGUCCCAAAACAACAGACUCUUUCUACCCGGCUAUGCGCCUCAUAGUUCCCCCUUUCGAACGAGAGCGGAUGGCAUAUGGCAUCAAAGAGAAUAUGUUAGCUAAACUCUACAUCGAUGUAUUAGGCCUCCCAAAGAAUGGCCCAGAGGCCAAUAAACUGUUGAACUACCGAGCUCCAACUACAUCCCAAGGAGAAGCUGGAGACUUUGCUGGCAUGGCGUAUUUUGUGCUGAAAAAACGCUGCACCAGCCAAGGAAACCUCAGUAUCAAAGAAGUCAAUGACUUUCUGGACUCUGUGGCUGUCAACAAUGACAACAAGCAGAAGGAUCUUGUGAGAAAAAGUCUGCUGCACCUCAUCACCCAGAGCUCAGCUCUUGAGCAAAAAUGGCUCAUCAGAAUGAUUCUGAAGGAUAUGAAGCUCGGGAUCAGCAAGGAAACUGUUCUCCAGGUCUUCCACCCAGAUGCUGCAGAGCUCUACAAUGUCAACACAGACUUGAACAAGGUGUGCCAGCAGCUCCACAACCUGUCUGUGUCUUUAAGUGAAGUCUCCAUUGGAAUAUUUUCUGCCUUCAAGCCCAUGUUAGCAGCUGUGGCUAACAUCCGCAAUGUGGAAAAACAGAUGGGCAACAGCCCUUUUUACAUCCAGACCAAGCUGGAUGGGGAGCGUAUUCAGCUGCACAAAGAUGGAGAUGUCUACAAAUACUUUAGCCGAAAUGCUUUUGAAUACACGCAGCAGUUUGGAGGAUCCCCACUGGAGGGCUCACUGACUCCUUACAUCCACAAUGUUUUUAAAAGCAAUGUUGUGAACUGUAUCCUCGAUGGUGAGAUGAUGGCGUACAACCCGACCACAGAGAACUUCAUGCAGAAAGGGAGCAAGUUUGACAUCAAGAGGCUGAUGGAAGACUCUGAGUUACAAACGUGCUUCUGUGUGUUUGAUGUUUUGUUAGUCAAUGACCAGAAGCUUGGAAAGGAAACGCUCAAGAAGCGUUUUGAGACCCUUCAGACAGUUUUCACCCCACUCAAGGGAAGGAUACACUUGGUGCCGAAGACUGAUGCCAGAACCAUGCAGGAGGUGGUGAACGCACUCAAUGACGCCAUAGACAACAGAGAAGAGGGGAUAAUGGUGAAGGAUCCUUUGUCCAUCUACAAACCUGACAAGCGGGGGGAGGGCUGGCUGAAAAUAAAGCCAGAAUACGUUGAUGGCUUGAUGGAUGAGCUUGACCUGUUGAUUGUUGGCGGCUACUGGGGGAAAGGGAGACGGGGUGGUAUGAUGUCCCAUUUCUUAUGUGCUGUUGCUGAAGCACCAAAGCCUGGAGAGAAACCUUCAGUUUUCCACACACUCUGCCGCAUCGGCUCUGGCUAUACCAUGGAGGAGUUGUAUGACCUUGGUUUGAAGCUCGCCAAGCAUUGGAAAGUCUACCGAAAGAACGACCCACCAGCAUCUAUCCUUUGUGGAACAGAGAAGCCAGAGGUCUACAUCGAACCUUGCAACUCUGUCAUCGUCCAGGUCAGGGCAGCUGAGAUAGUCGGCAGCGACAUGUACAAAACCAACUGUACCCUUCGCUUCCCCAGGAUUGAGAAGAUCCGCGAAGACAAGGAGUGGCACCAGUGCAUGACUCUGGCAGAGCUGGAUCAGUUCCGCAACAAGGCGUCGGGCAAACUCGCCUCACGGCACCUUUACAUCACUGAUGACGAUGGACCGCAGAAGAAGAAGCGCAAGCUGGUACCCAAAACCAAGAAGGUGGUCGCGCUCAUCGACCACUGUAAGCCUCAGGACCUUUCCGGGGUUACCAAGGAGACAGAUAUGUUUGAAGAUGUGGAGUUCUGCAUCCUGAAUGGCACUCAGGAUCACUCCAAAGCCGAGCUGGAAAAGGGGGUGGCCAGGUGUGGAGGAAUCGUGGUUCAAAACCCAGGACGGGACACCUACUGCGUGAUUGCCGGCGUGGAGAACAUGCGCGUGAAGAACCUGAUGUUGUCCAACCAGCACGAUGUGGUUUGGGCCUCCUGGCUGCUGGAGUGCCUGGACCAGAAGGAAGUGGUCCCAUGGCAACCACACCACAUGAUCCACAUGUCGCCCUCCACCAAGGAACACUUUGCCAAGGAGUACGACAGCUACGGCGACAGCUACUUCGUGGACACAGACGAGCAGCAGUUGCGGGAGGUGUUUGGCCGGAUCGGCAGCAGGGACUCAUCGGUUGCCGUGAACGUUGAACAGGUGGAGCAGCGUUACAGCUGGGCUGACCUUCCCACCAGCAUGUUCAGACCCUUCACAGCUUACAUGGACAGCUAUGCUAAUAUAAGAGACCCUAAAAUUGUCAUACCUGCCACCUGUUUGGACAUCAGGGCGCUGGAGUUUCGCUACCAUGGAGGCACAGUUGUGCAGAAGUUGGAGGAAGGAGUCUCUCACGUCAUUAUCUCAGAGGAAACAAGACUUCUGGAUUUACGGACUCUGAGGCGCCGCUUUUCAAGGAAGUUUAAGAUUGUAAGAGACUCAUGGGUGACUGAUUCAAUCAAAGCAGGGUAUCUCAUGAAUGAUGAUAGUUACCUGGUUUGAAGAGUCUUCUGGUGAUUUACACAAACUUAAGUUGACACUGGAGAAAUUAUCUUUUAAGAUAGCAUUUUAACUAAUUUUAAUAAGAUUAGCAAUAAGCUAUUUAUUAAAAACUCAAAACAGUCAAAUUAAUCCAUCAUCAUUAAAUGUGAGAAAAAAGAUUUGAUUCAAAACUGCACUGUACUGAAUAGGGAUGUUACUUCACAGGGUUUUAAGCAUGAGAGUUUUAUCUAUUGUAUUUAUCUAUGAAUUUUGCUGUGGCCUUUUAAUACAAGAAAACAAUGAGAGUGGUGCAAAAAAUGUUGCUCUCUUUCUGUGAUCUGUGUCUUUGUGCUUUUAAUCACCUCAUGAACUCUAAUAAAUAUUUUGAUUUGGUAAAAAUUCCAGGAAAGACAAUGAGUGACAAAUUCAUUUUUAAAAUUGGUAAUUACCUUAAAACCAGCAUCUGUGUGAAGUGCUGGCCUUUGCCUCAGCUCUGUACCGGUGCUCAGCUGGCAGAGAGAGACUGAGGGACACCACAGGGGUACGUUAAAACUGGUUCAGCUCAAGGCCCUCCGACAAAGAUGUCGCCAUGUUUUCCUGUCUUCAAAAAUGUCAGCGUUGUGCCUUGGGACUCAUUGAUAUGUUAUAACCUUCAUUACCAUCGCCUCUAGGGUGCAGGUAGCUGCCUGUGGUGUCCUGGGCAUUGUUAUGCGUAAAUGCCGCAUGAAUACAUUUUCAAAGUAAAAGUGAUGAGGUGCCUGUUCCUAAUCAUAUAGCUUGAAUAAUGUCUCUCAUUGACAUGUUGUAGAGGUCCCUGUAGGGUUUAUGGGUUUUCAUUUUUGUGAUUUGUACACCAGUGUUAAACAAAUUCAUUAAAAUUCUACCUUUAUGA